AUGACUUCACUUCCAUCAUCCUUCAUAAACCAAAACUCCCCUCUAUUGGCAAAGUUCUCCAGGUUUGUGCAUUCUUCAAGAAUCAAGAUUCUUCUUUGGUUGAUGGAAGAAGUUGAAUUCAAGAAAGUUCAUGAUCCGUAUCUUCAACCCAAGAUGAUAACUUCAACAAACUCAGACUCCCUACCUCGCCGUGUUUGGGUGCCAGGGCCGGUCAUUGUCGGAGCUGGUCCUUCAGGCCUUGCCGCCGCCGCUUGUCUCAAGAACCACGGCGUCCCAGCCAUGAUUCUUGAACAGGCAAACUGCAUAGCUUCUUUAUGGCAAUUCAAAACCUAUGAUCGACUUCGCCUUCAUCUUCCAAAACAAUUCUGUCAGCUUCCGCUUAUGUCCUUUCCUGUAGAUUUUCCAACCUACCCUACAAAAGAACAGUUUUUAUCGUACCUUGAAUCCUACGCGAAAAACUUUGAAUUGAAGCCAGUUUUCAAUGCAACAGUUUUAAGUGCAGAAUAUGACGAUGGGUGUCGGUUCUGGAGGGUGAAAACGAAGGGUACUGAGUAUGUUUGUCAAUGGCUAAUUGUUGCGACUGGUGAGAAUGCUGUGGAAGUUGUGCCUCGAUUUGAGGGGAUGGAUGAGUUCAAUGGACCAAUAGUACACACUAGUUCUUACAAAAGUGGCGAGGGUUUUCAAAAUAAACGAGUUCUGGUUGUGGGGUGUGGGAAUUCUGGCAUGGAAGUUUGUUUGGAUCUCUGCAAUUCUAACGCUUUUCCUUCCCUUAUCGUUAGGGAUUCAUUGCAUGUGUUGCCACAAGAGAUGUUUGGGAUAUCAACUUUUGGACUAUCGAUGUGGCUGCUCAAGUGGUUCCCUGUGCGAAUAGUUGAUCAGCUCUUGCUUUUCAUAUCACGAUGUAUGCUCGGUGACACGAGUCUUCUUGGCCUCAAUAGACCAAAACUUGGUCCACUCGAGCUAAAGGGCAUUUCUGGAAAAACACCCGUCUUGGAUGUAGGCACGCUCGCAAAGCUCAGAAGUGGCGAUAUCAAGGUUUACCCAGCAAUAAAGAGACUAGAAUGUAACAUUGUGGAGUUUGUAGAUGGCAGAAAGGAGAAAUUUGAUGCCAUAAUUCUAGCCACGGGUUAUAGAAGUAAUGUUCCGACUUGGUUGAAGGACACGAAUCUAUUCUCAAACAAAGAUGGAUUUCCUAAGAAAAAGUAUCCAGAAGGAUGGAAAGGAGAAAGAGGAUUAUAUGCAGUAGGAUUUACAAAACGAGUCCCAAUCGUUGCUUCCCCAGUUGUCGCGCAAACACACACGCAUAUCAUUGCGAAAUCGAGGGGCAUCGGUGGUGGCAGAUCAAUCUCAAAGAGGUGGGGGAAAAGCUGGGAGGCUUUACAUCAGAAACUUGCCAUAUGCGAUUACUUCUGCAGAAUUGUCCCAAAUAUUCAGAGAAGCUGGCGAUGUAAUUUCCGUGGAGACAGGAGCAGGGGAUUCACAUUUAUUACAAUGGCAAGUGUUCAAGAAGCUAAAGAAGCCAUUAGAAUGUUUAACGGAUCUCAAAUCGGUGGACGAACAGUGAAGGUAAACUUCCCGGAGGUGCCAAGGGGAGGUGAACGGGAAGUGAUGGGCCCAAAGAUUAGAAGCAGUAACAGAGAUUUUAUCGAAAUCCCUCACAAGAUCUAUGCAGAAUAUGCACUUAACGUUAUGAAUGGACUGGAGGUUGAGGGCCGUCCUUUGCGAUUGAACUUGGCAGAAGGAAAAAGAGACGUGUCUCGCUCAACAAGAACAGGAAGAAGUUCUGAGAUCAAUGUCGAUGGGAAUGAGAUCCUUUCAAGUAUUAGCUCCUAA